AUGGCUCUUCAACUACCAAUUGAGCAAAGAAUUGAUAAAUCAUAUAUACAUUAUCAAGAGAAAAUAAUUAUUGAAUAUCUCAAGGAUGAAUGUGGGUUGUUACGCACUCCCUAGGGUGAGGAAAUCCUGAGGAAACUAAGGCAGAUUUAAAUGGCGGUUGAUUAGCAAUUAAAAAAUAAAGUUGAGUUUUAAAAAUUAGAAAAAAAUUAGGAGAAAGAAGAUCUGUAAUAAUUACAACAUAAAUUGCAAGAGUUAAAGUAAAGGCAGAAAGAUGAAUUUGCAAUUCUAGGUGAUUUGCAAAGUUAAUUAAAACAAAAGGUACAAAAUACAAUAAAAAUAUAAAAAUUCAAACAACUGCUCCACGAUAUAGAAAAUUAAGAUUUCAGAGAAAUCCUAAUAGAUGAUAAGACAAUUGAGGAAAGUUUAAAUGCCAUAUUCUUGGAACAUCUGACCAAAAAUUAAGCAUUAAUAAAAGAGUAAGUAGAGCAGAUCAAGUAUGUUAAAGAGAUAUAUGAACAACAAUAUCGUGAACAAUAAUAAUUGAAGGAAAGACUUUAAAUGUUAUAAAAGGUUCAUGGGAAUGCAGCCUAAGAAAUUUGA